AUGUUAAUAGACGCUGCAAUGUCCAAUCAAGUCCUCGGGCAUAGCCCCCAGAUGGAGGAUCUGGCCAGCAUCAGCGAAGUACCGGGUGAUGUGCCAGGUCCCAAACGCGUCCCUCCACCCAACGGCAAUGUCGGUCCCCCUCCCAAGACCGACAAGCCGCGCCCCCAUGUGUGUACCACCUGUGGCCGCUCCUUUGCCCGGCUGGAGCAUCUCAAGCGUCACGAACGCUCCCACACCAAGGAGAAGCCGUUUGAGUGUCCGGACUGCUCCCGCUGCUUCGCCCGUCGUGAUCUGCUCCUCCGCCAUCAGCAGAAACUUCAUAUGACCACCACCCCGUCCUCGCGCCCGCGCCAUGCUCGUCGCGAGAGUACCGGCGCUGCCUCCGCGGCUGCCAGUGGCGCUCAUCGCGUUCGCAAGAACUCCAUUGCCGCCGCCAGCUCUGCCACCGCCGCUGCAAACCAUACCAUGCGGCCUAGAGCCAACACCAUCAGUCAUAUCGAUGGUACUGCCGCCUUGGGUCUCACCAAUCUUCAUAAUCAUCAUCAUCAUCAUCAUCAUCACCAUCAUCAGCACGCGGCGGCAGCAGCAGCAGCAGCAGCAGCAGCAGGCAUUUUCCCCCCCAGCUUCGACUAUCGUGGUUUCAGCACUAGCCAUACCCCUAGCCAUAACUUGUCUAAGCUAGAUACCUCCGGCUUGUCCAUGGACCUCUCCGGCGGUCUGCGCACGGCCCCGGUCUACGGGACGUUUGAUUUUGGUAUCAGUGAGAUGCUCAUGGGUCACGGUCAGGGCAGCACUAUCAACCCGGCUCAGCUCCAUUUCGCCAGUGGCUCCCCGCCGCAGGGUUUCGGUCAUGAGUCCCCUUCCUCCCCCUUUGCCCAUCCUUUGACGGGUAUGCCCACCGACCCCCUGAUGGACGACGCCUUUGAUUGGAUGCACAAUUUCGAUCCCACUUUACCCUCGUUGGGAAAUGGUAGCAACGAGUCCGCCAUUGACGAAUCCUCCCCCUCCGCCAUGAGUACGGGGAGCCAGAGCGGUAUCAGUGAAGCCAUGAUGGACGGUGGUCACCAUCAUCAACAUCGCCUCUCCCUCUCAUCCAACUGGCAGACCAACCCUUUCUCCCUCGACUUCUCCCCGGCUGUGACCACUGCUGCCUUCAACGGAACCACCAACCUUGGCGCUAUCGCCCCAGAGACCGUUUCUCCCAAGUCACUCCUUGGCGGCGGCGGCGGCGGCGGCGGCGGCACCAGCCAACCGUCGUAUCCAGAUACCAGCUAUGCCACCCCCCCAUCCAUGACCACAAUCGGUCCCUCACCAUCAUCCUCGUCCCUGUUGAGUGGACAAUCGUCGCAGAGUAUGUUUCCAUCCUCACUGGCUCACCGCGGAGAAUCCCCUCCUAAUCCUGUCCACCUCCCUGUCACCAAUAGUACCCUACGAAGUAACCAUGCCGCAGCAGCAUCCACGGCUACCUUUACCGACGCAACCCGACAGGCUCUACUAGCCAGCAUGUCGCCGCCCGCCGGUCUCAAUCAUCAUCAUCAUCAUCAACAACAACAACAACAACUUCAUCAUCAUCAUCCUCAGACCCGCCGUAAGUACUCGCAACCCGCCAGUGGGCAUCACCGACCCGCGCAUGACCUCUUCUUCGCCCGAUCCUCCGCUGCCUCCCUCCUCCUCCUCACCACCACCGCCAACACCGCGGCGGCUACCUUGCCCAUUGAUGGCGCCGCCGGCGCACCUGGAUGCAAUAUUCCAAGCACGGCCGACAUGCAGCGCUACAUCGCCGCCUACAUCACCUACUUCCAUCCUCACAUGCCCUUUCUCCACAUCCCCACCCUGAACUUUCAGGCCCCGGAGUAUACCAACAAUCUGCGCACCCCGAGCGGUCAUCUCAACCUAAGUUCCACGAGUAUUAUCGGCGGUGGGGGUUGCCUGAUCCUCUCCAUGGCCGCCCUCGGCGCCCUGUACGAGUUCGACUCGGCCCCAUCCAAGGACCUCUUCGAGGCUGCCAAGAAGAUGAUCCAGCUCUACCUCGAGGAGCGUCGCAAGGCAGACAUGUCCGCCGCCCUCACUCGGUCCUCCACCUCGGCCCGCGACAAUGCCGUCCACAAUACCCCGCUCUGGCUGGUUCAGGCCAUGCUGCUGAACGUCAUCUAUGGCCACGCCUGCGGUGACAAGACCUCCGCCGAGAUCGCCAGCACCCACUGCGCCGCCCUCGUCAGCCUGGCACGCGCCGCCGAGCUGACACACCACCUCCACCCCAAGCACCUCCCCCCAGACUAUCUGGCCGCAGGACUCGGGCCCGAUGUGCCCCCGCACCACUGGCGAUCAUCCCUCCACAAGGAGCGCAAGGAUUGGCUGGACUGGAAGAUCGCCGAGGAACGCAAACGAACCAUGUACGCCAUCUUCUCCCUCUCGAGUUUCCUGGUUUCCGCCUACAACCACGCCCCCACCCUCACCAACUCGGAGAUCCGUCUGGAUCUCCCUUGCGAAGAGGAUCUAUGGGCCGCCGAGUCGCCCCAGGCCUGGAAGAAGCAACUGGGCUCGUCCCCGAAGCACAGCAGCCCCUUGCUAUCCUUUUCGUCCGCUCUGACGACCCUGUUAACUGCCAGCCAGCGGGAACAACAACAACAACAACAACCUCGGCGCUCUCCGAAAGAAGCUCUGCCGCCGACCGACCUUCAACCGAGCACUUUUGGUUGUCUUGUCUUGAUCUACGCGCUGCACAACUAUAUCUGGGAGACUCGACAACGACAUAUGGGCCGGCAGUGGACAACGUCGGAGAUGGAUGCCAUGCAGGCCCACAUCGAGCCGGCGCUGCGGGCCUGGCAGGCCGCAUGGGCCAGCAACCCCGUGCACAGUCUGGAGCGGCCGAACCCAUAUGGCGCCGGGCCCCUGUCGGCCGAUAGCAUCCCGUUGCUCGACCUGGCGUACGUGCGACUGUUUGUCAACCUGGCCCGCUGCAAGGAAGCGUUUUGGCAACGAGACUGGAACGCCAUGGCCGAGGAGCUGGCUCGCGGUCCGGACAUGUUUCAAAUCAUCGAUGAUGGCGGGGGCGAUGGUGGUGGGAAUGGCACCACCUCUGGCGAUGUUCGACGGGGUUCCGUGGCAGAUCUCGGGGUGGGCGAGCUCGCCAUCUCGACCACCCCCACCCAGGAUCAGCCCAUGUUGGAUCUCUCCAACAUGUACCCCCCUAACGACCACCAUCAAACCAAGCGGGAGAAGCAUCUCCGCAAGGCCGCCUUUUACGCGGCCGACUCGAUCUCCAUGUCCGACCGGCUGGGCAACACGUUUGCCGAGUUCAGCUCGCGCGAGCUCCCGCUGCAGUGCGCCAUGUGUGCCUUUGACUGCGCACAGGUGCUGGCGGAAUGGAUCACCACGGUGCAGGAACGAGUAGGCCCGUAUCUGGGCGUGCUGGGCCGCGACGAGAUCGAUCUCUUCCAGGUGCCGGGCAUCAUGUUGCUCGAGGACGAAGACUGCAAGCUAGUCGGGAAGAUCCAGGAGAUCCUGGGCAGCAUCGAGGCCAAGAUGACGCGCCAGGUCCAGUCCAGCAGGUCCGUCUCCGCCUUGAACCUCCUCCUCCGCCGUCUCCCCAGCGUGGUCGAGGGCGGCUAUGGUAGUAAGAUACUGGUGGCAACGGCCAGCCUUCUCGACCAGGCUGCCGUCUGGCCAGUGACAAAACUAAUGGCUCGAUCGCUUGAAGCGCAAGCCAUGCGGAUGAAAGAGCGCGCGGAGAACUCGGUGCUGAUAGCCGGCUGA